UACUCUUCAAUUAAUAGUGUCACUUUAUGGAAAACCUUCUUCAGAGUUUCCUCAGUCAAGAUUUUCUGCACAUAAUAGCAAAGAUUUUAGCAACCUGACCAUUUGGAAUGUAGUCCAAGAGGAUGAGGGAAUGUAUCAUUGUGUAAUAGACAACUGGAUUAAACUUGAAUGGAGUGGGACAUAUUUGUUAGUAAAAGGAAACACUGAAAGGACAUCAAACUAUAUUGUUGUACAGCAGCCGAUAGAAUCAAAUCCACUCCGUCCAGGAGACACAGCAACUCUUCAGUGUUCAGUUCUGACAAAUUCUGAGAAAAACAGAUGUUCAGGACAUCAUAAUGUUUUCUGGUUCAGAGAUGGAUCUAAAAAAUCUCUUCCAAACAUCAUCUACACUGAUGGAAACAGAACUGAUCAAUGUGAGAAAAGAACUGACGUUCAGGAUGGAUGUGUUUAUCGCUUCUCUAAGAAGGUCAGCUCAUCUGAUGCUGGGACUUACUACUGUGCUGUGGCCACAUGUGGGGAGAUAUUAUUUGGAAACGGAACUAAAUUGCAUAUUCAAGAAAGCAGUGCGUCAUCACAGACAGCCAGUACAAUUAUUUUUCUGCUCUGCGCUGUCAUGGGUAUAAAUCUCAUUGUUACUGCUGUCCUCAUUUACUUAACCAAAAAAAACAACAACAGUGAUCACAAAGCUCCUGUCCUGCAGAAAAACCUUAGUGAUCAGAAAAGACAACAGAUUAAGGACACACAGAUGUUUUCUGCUGUUGUCUUUGCCGUGAUGAAAGCUGAUAUUUGCAACAAAAAGGCAGCAGAGAAGCAGCAGAUCUACACAGCUUUCUAUUCUCUGGUUCCAGUGAAAACCGCUCAUCUUGGUGAAGCAGCAACUUUAACAUGUGCUAGAACUACUAAAGAGAUCAGCAGUAGAGUCCAGUGGUACAAGCAGAGUGUCGGAGAUACUCUUAAAUUAGUUGUUACAUUUUAUGGAACUACAAAACCUGUGUAUACUCCAGAGUUUCCUGAAUCAAGAUUUGAGGCAAAAAUUGAUAAAAAUUUUGGCAACCUGACUAUUGUGAAGACAGUCCAAGAAGAUGAGGGCUACUAUCACUGUGAGCAAGGCAGUAGUGUUAGUAGUGAAUGGAGAGGGAUGUAUUUGUUAGUAAAAGGAAACACUCAGAGGUCAUCAAACUAUAUCGUUGUCCAAAAGCAGAUGGAAUCAAAUCCAGUCUAUUCAGGAGACACAGCGACUCUCGAGUGUUCAGUCUUCUCUGAUUCUGAGAACAAGACGUGUCCAGGAGAUCAUAAUGUUUUCUGGUUCAGAGCUGGAUCUCAUCCAAACAUCAUCUACACUGAUAGAAAAAGAGAUAAUGAAUAUGAGAACAGAUAUCACCCUCAGAAAAGAUGUGUUUAUCGCUUUUCUAAGAACGUCAGCUCCUCUGAUGCUGGAACUUACUACUGUGCUGUGGCCGCAUGUGGGGAAAUAAUAUCUGGAAAUGGAACUAUACUUGAUAUUCAAGGAGACACUCCGUCGUCACAGCCAGGAAGUACAGUUAUUUUUCUGCUGUGUGCUGUUAUGGGUAUAAUUCUGAUUGUUAUAAUAUGGCGUUAUUUCAGUGCCACUAUUCUGAGCGCACGUAAAAAAAUAUUGCAAGUGCAAGUGUUGCAU